AUGCCCCCUGGAGACCUGAGAGGUGACUCCAGCCUGCACAGCCUCACUUGGCUGCGGCACAAGGGCUUCUCCAUAGAACCUUCCAGGGGCUCUGUGGAGCGAGGCCAGACCAAGACCAUCAGCAUCUCCUGGGUGCCACCUGCUGACUUUGAUGUAGCGAGCUCCUCCGGGCCUGGACGCCGUGGGCCCAGGCGUGGGAGCGAGCUCCUCCGGGGCCUGGCAGCCGUCAGCAGGGGAGGCGUGCUGCUCCCUGACAGGCUCGUGCUGCUCACCCUCCUGCUGCUGCUGCUCUGCGGGGUCACGGCCAGCUGUGUGCGGUUCUGCUGCCUCCGGAAGCACAUGCACCCGCAGACACACCUGCCACCCGCAUGGCCACCCUGUGACCCGAUGGGCACCCCUGGAGACAGCGACAGCCCGGCACACAGCACUGUGACCUCUUACAGCUCUGUCCAGUACCCACUGGGCGCGCUUCUGCCCCUGUCUUUUGGGGAGCUGGAUCUUGACACCAUAGCUCCUCCUGCCUACAGCCUGUGUGUCCCUGAGCUGCCACCCUCUUAUGACGAGGCCAUCAAGACAAAAGCCAGAGAGGGAAACCUGGCUUCUGCCCAGAAACCAGGGCCUCUCCCUGGGGCCUCGAGUCUAGAAACCACUCCACAGCCCCAGGGGCCAGGGCCCAAUGUCCAGCAGCCCUCGUUGUAGCCCCUGGGCUCCUUGCAGGGGCUGGGAGAGCUCUUCUGAAGCCGUCAGACCAGCGGUGCCUGGGCCAAGGACCCGCCCACCCCACAUCCUUUCCUUGGGAAGGCCAGCCAUCCAGUACAGCACAUUGCUGCAGCCCGGGCCCCGUUGCUAUGCAAUUCCAGCCAGUCCACCUGGCCCAACUUGGGGGCCCUCUGCCUGGAGUAGGCCCACAGGCCUGGGCCUUGGGAGUUCUGGGCUUGAGAUGUUCUCAGUUUUUUGGAGAGAGAAUAAA